AUGCCCAAAGCUUCAAGUUAUUGUCCUUCAUGUGGCAAAAAAUUCAAAGAUCACUCAUCUGUCGCUCACCAUAUGAGUCAGCCCUUAUCCAGGUGUAAUACGUGGCUCAAUGACCUGAUCCAACUCGAGCAAUACAGCUGCUCCCUGGAAGAUCAUGUCAUGGAAGUGGAUAACAUUGCCGAACCUUACAUAUCCAAUUCCUAUGAACUAGUGGGAUCCAUGGAUUCGGAUGAUGUUUUUAGUGAAGAGGAGAGAAUCAAGGACUUAUCUUUAUCAUUCCACUCAGCAAGAGAUGGUCCAUGCUGGAAGUCGCAAGUGAUCACUACAACACAUCCUAUGAAGUUACCCAUUGUUCUGUACUGGUGUGAUUCUCUUGAGUGCAUCUCGAAUAUCUUCAACCAUCCACUGUUUCAUGAUUUUAUGGACUACAGCACUUGCAGAGUAUAUACUUGUGUGCAGAAAGCCUGCCAUGUAUAUACUGAAUGGAUGACAGGAGAUUGUGCUUGGGAAAUUCAGUCCACUUUACCUGUGGGUGCAACCCUCCUCAGCACAAUUUUAUCCUCAGACAAGACUACUAUUUCAUCAUUGACAGGCGAUCAUGUCGCUCACCCACUCCUCAUCAGCCUUGCCAAUCUACACAUGAACACACACUCAAAAUUGUCGACCCACUCUUUUGUCCUUACUGUGCUUCUACCUGUCCCGAAGUUUGUUCACAAGAAAAAACACAUGAAGGGUGUGUUGCAGGAUCGUCUUAUCCACCAAUGCCUCAGCAUCAUUUUACAUCCACUGAAACAGGCUGCUGAACAUGGUAUCAUAUUGUCUGAUCCCAUUGGAUCGACGACUCUUGCUCAGCUUGCUGUGAUUUGCUCACAUGCUGAUCCAAAUGAUCUUGAGGCUUAUUUCCGUGAAGCUCAGAAAUUUUGCCUAAACGGUCCCAUCACCGGGUUUCAGCACUUUCGUGAAGGGAUAUUGAAGUUGAAACAAGUCACUGGUCAUUGUCACCAUGACAUCCAGCAAUCUAUUAUUGCAGUUAUAUGCGCACUCAUGCAAUUCUGUUACCUUGUGCAGUUGCUACACAUUAACAAGAACAAUCUCAAGCUUAUCUCUGGUGACCUGGAUGAAUUUCAUACAAUGAAGGACACAAUUAUUGCUGCUGGGGCUCAUUGGAGGCACCACAAUAAAGCCAUCAAUAAUUGGCAUAUACCUAAGCUUGAAUUGAUGCAGAGCAUUGUCCCUAGCAUUCACAAUAGUGGUGUCAUAAGCCAAUGGACUGCAGACAUUACCGAAUAUGCACAGAUCACAGAGAUUAAGGACCCUGCAAGAUCUAGCAACAACUGUCGUCGAUUCGAGCUUGCCACUAACCUUUUAGAUCAUGAUCAAAGCUUGCACUCGCAAGUGCAGGAUGUCAACGUAGACCCUCAAGAUGAUGUUGACACUGACACUGACGAAACUAUUGAUAUCCAGAUGAAUGGACCGAAGCUCCAGCAUAUGGAUUCGGUACCCUUACCUCUAUGCUCAUUCAUCAUUGAAUGCACCGCCUUCCAUCUUUCCUACGAUUCCGCCAUUAGGAAGGUCACUGUCAAUGAGAUUGCUGACAAGUUUGGCCUUCCUGAUCUGUGGUCAGCUAUUGCUGAUUACCUCCAACAUGAGGCCACCUUUGGACAUCAAUACAUUCAUCCAAUAGGUGGUCCUAGAAGAGCUGAACAUUCUGCUAUACUUUCUUUUGACAACCUCCAAGUAUGGAUCAAAAUCUGGCUUCAAGACACAGAAUUUCAUAAUCCUCGUAGUAAGCUUCUGUCUUGUCACGUCAUAGCACAGCUUCGACUUAUCAUGCAUCUAAAAGAUCAGUUCUUGACUUACGUCCAAUGCUUUAACAUCUCUGGUGAUCAUGACCUGAUCACACAGCUGCAUUUGCUCAAGAGAGCAAAGCGCUCUAAUGAGACUUGCAUAGGGGGUGUUGUAUCUGUCAAUCUCAUUCCACAUUUUGGUGCUGUUGCAGACAUGCAUCUCACUGCAUAUAACAGUUUGGAACAUGCAUCAGAGUUCUGGUUGAAUCCCUUUUGGGAUAAAAAUACCUUUUUCCCUCUAUCAGCAUAA